AUGUCUCAGCUAAAAGUCGAUAAACACGGUGUCGUACUCGUUCCUCAGCCAAGCGAUCACGUGGAAGACCCUCUAAAUUGGCCAUACUUUCAAAAAGUUUAUGUUGUUGGGCUGGUUUCGAUGCUUGGAUUCAUGGCGCAAGUGAGUGCCUCUCUUGCAAAUCCGGCCUUCAACGAGUUAGCCAAGAAUCUCCAUGUCAGUAUUCAGCAAGCUUCGUAUUGCACGACUGUGUGGAUUCUAUUUGCUGGGGUCACGCCUAUGUUUAUGGCACCUUUUGCGAAUGUUUAUGGUAGAAGAAAUCUUUUUGUGGUGUUCACCCUCAUAGCAGCUGCAGCGAAUAUCGGGUCAGCAGGUGCAAAAUCAUACGGAGGGCUGGUUGUUGGAAGAAUAUUUAACGGUAUAGGAUCAAGCGUACCAUUAGGUUUUGGGGCUGCGAUAAUCUGCGAUCUAUUUUAUCAGGGCCAGCGAGGCUUUUACAUGGGCAUAUACGUACUGGCCGUGACAAAUGGACCACAUAUUUCUCCCAUUUUUGGUGGCUAUGUAAGCCAGAACCUGGGCUGGAGAUGGUGUUUCUGGAUCCCGGCAAUAAUUCAGGGUGCGCUCUGGGUCCUGGUUGUCUUUACGCUUCCAGAAACACUUUUCUCGCGACAGAGCCACAAUCGCCCCGAGAAACGUUCCUAUACGUCCAAAUUGCUCUUCACUGGCAGAAUUUUGGACCGUAAGAUUCAUCUGUCAGAUUACGCUUUCUCUUUCCGAAUGACCAAAUAUGCUGCUAUAACAAUUCCUUGCAUUUACUACAUGACUGGCAAUGGGUACGGAAGCACCAUCUUUGCAGUGACAGGAUCCCACAUUAGUUCAAACGUGUAUGGAUUUGACACCAAGCAAACUGGCCUAUUCAUGGGUAUCCCUCUUACUAUUGGUUGCAUGAUAGGAGAAGCAGCUGCAGGUUGGAUCAGCGAUUUGAUUGUUAAUUUGUAUGCUCGACGACAUGGGGGCGUUGCAAAACCUGAAGUUCGCCUGUUUCUACUUCCUCUAUGCCCUAUCAUGGCCGUCGGUACUGCGACAUACGGGUACUGUAUUCAACUCCACCGUCCAUGGAUUGAGUCUUCUGUUUGUAUGGCUGUCGCGGGAUUGGGCUGUCAGCUCGGAAAUACUGUGGUCUACACAUAUUGCACGGACUCAUACAAGCCUCAGUCUGGAGAAGUCGGGGCUAUUAUCAAUUUAUUCAAAUCAAUUUUUGCCUUCAAUGUUGGGUUUUAUGCGCUUCCGUUCAGUAACCGGAAUGGUUACGAUGUGGCAUUUGCUGUAGUUGCUGCGAUUAAUUUGUCAACUAUUCUUCCCCUCGUUUUCAUGCUUUUCAAAGGCGAGAAGAUCCGAGAAAAGCAGGGUAUACCAGCCGAACAUGAGAGUAUAUGAAGUGCAGUGAUAAAGAUCGGAGUCUUGGUCAAUUAAAAUUUGUUCAACUUUAUUGACACCCAUUAUACCCUUCAGGCUCAGGGAU